GUACCUUUACAAAGAGUUGCAUGUACUUGACUUCCCUAUAUUUCCUCUGCUUUUUAUUAUUAAGUCGUUGCAUGACGUAAUAUUCGCAAAAGCUUUCCAAUUCUCAAGUAGCCCUUCGUGACAUUCUCAGAGAAAAGCUUCAGAGCGAAUAUUUACACAAAAUACAACUGAUGAAGAAUACGAUAAACAAAGAUAGAAAUCACAACAACGAAAACAAAUAUAAACAAACACGCGACAGCGUACAAACAUAAGUUAAAGCACAGGGAAAGCUUUUCUGCGAUAGUCAAAACUUUAACGCGCAUGUCCUCGAACACAAUGAAAGAACACAACAACAAAACACCGUAGCGAACGUCAGAUAAUACAAAAACUGUCAAGUGUUGGAAUUUCGCAAAAUAAUAUUACGCAUACGACACGUUGUUUCAGGCUUCGUGCCACGUACACGACGGCAGCGCGGUGUUAAACGGUCACAGUGGAUUCAUUCAGAAAAGCUACAGUCGUGCAAUGAAAGCAAAAGUUUUUUAUGUGAUGAAUACAAAGAGCAGAGUACCGUAGGUGAAAGAAUAACACUGAAAAUUCUAAUGGCAGUGAAUAUAUUGUAACUAAAUCGUAUACUAAGCAAAGUGCUCGUACACUCAUCGUUAGUAUCUGACAAACAUUUACGUUGAAACAAAGCACGACGCAUUAACGGCAUUCGAACGUUGGCGGCCUUAAAUGAACGCACACAUUGAGCCUUAAGACGUUAAACAAAAGAAACUAACUUAAAGAGUAAAGUGUCACGCCGUCGUCGCAGCCUUGCAGCGACAGCAAUUAAUUAAGUGCAUCACCGCCACAAAGGCAGGCCGUCUUCGGUCAUUGGUCAAAGCGACUGCCAGCAACCUGACAGGGGUGCGCUGAACGGUCAGCAGUCACUCUACCUAGAACCGUUAUAUCGAUUUAAUACAAGCUGUGCGGCGUAGCGGAAGUUGUGCGGGGCAUAAUUAAGACAGCGCAACAUCACACAAGACUGCAAUGUACGCCGCGACAACGAUAGUCGACAACAAUACAGCAGCGACCACUGGUAAUCGUGCAAAAAUCAAUUAUAAUUGAGUAAUCCAAUUUGUAGGUUUUGCGAAAAUUCGCCGAUAAGUAAUUAUAUUCAUCUAGAGUUAUUCGCUUGGUGUGCACUUUAAAUAAUUCUCGCAUAAGCAAUUAAAAUGUUGCUGCCUCAGAAGUCGCCCGCUGCCCAUUGGCGCUCCUUUGUGGACCUAAUGAUGGCACCAGUGUCGCCGAAAAAUCUUCGCCUGUCGGCCAUACUCAUUGGCAUUUACCAACUGCUUGUCGCCCAUUUAUUACUCUUUCUGGUGCUUCUGGGUCUGGCCCAUGCCGAACAAAUGAAAACUAUGCUGGCCAUGGAUAUUGAGGAUCAAAAGGAUAACGGCUUCUAUGAUAUGUCACCGUUUCGCAAUCAAUUGCGUCUGCGCACCGCCUCACAGCUCGUUUCUGUCACCGAAAUGCUGCUCUACAUACUGACUGCAGUGGCUUCGGUGUAUCUGCUCAGCACGAUCGCUUUAUUUGCUGGCAUAUUUAAAAAUCGCUCGGAAUUCGUACUUCCGUGGUUGGUGGUUGAGUUUAUAUUCAUUGUAUCAGCAGCGGUGUUGGUAUUUUGGUUGCAGAAUGAGAAGUUUGUUGAUAUCAUUGGUGGCAAAGUGUAUUACUUUAUAAUAUGCUUCACGGUGUUGUCCUUCGAUUGCUUGAUGUGGUAUAUCAUACAUUCCUUUUAUCAGAGGCUACGAACCAUGAACAAGUUGCGCGAGAUUGCCACAGUCGCAAUACCCUGUCCGCCACCUGGAUCGAUACCCUUCCACUUCCGGCGCGAGAACAUGUAUCUCGGCAGCAACGGCUACAAGCAUAUACUCUCAGAGUCACCCGAUGGAAAUUAUUAAAAUAGAUGUUGAAGAAAAAGAAAUUGCAAUUCAAAACGAUUUAAAAAAGUAAACACAAAAUUCACAGCACCUGACACUAUAUAAAAUCCCGUGAUUCCUUCGGCAUGCGCGAUUUCUUUACGACACGCUUCACAGCUUAUUUGUACCAGCAACUCAGUGGUAAAAGUGAAAUUUUAGAAGAAAAUAGAAAGUAAAAAAUAAUAAAAAAACUGCAUGCAAUAUACUCGGCCUUAAUAUGUAUUACUAUUAUUAUUGUUGUUGCUGUUAUUGUGAUAUUUUGCUGGGAGCUAAGAGAUAGCUUUAAUAUACAUAUGAACGCUAUAGAUAUAUGUAUAGUUACUUACAUUAUAUAAAUUAGCGGCUUAAAUUGUGUAGUAUUUAUUUUUUUGUUGUCUUAAAGAAAUAUUUUUAAAGAAAAGUAGUAACCCCAGAUUUGUUUUUAAUUUCUUGCUUUAAAAUGACUUUUUUCUACUUCCAUUUUGUAUUUCUAUUUUAAAAUCUCACUCGUAGUAAUCAUAUUUAGAUAAACUAUUUUAUAAACAACUACUAUCUAUGUACACACAUACAUAUAUAUUCUUAUAUGUACAUAGAAGGAGUAGUAAAUGCUAGAACAUAUAUACAUACAUAAAUGUAAAAGUAUAUGAAACCCAUAUUUUUAAUGUCGGUGCAAAAUUUGUACGAAAUGAUACUCGUAGCUGUAAUUAAAUACGAGUUAAAACGAGUAUGUUUGCAAAUACAUAUGUACAUGCGGUAAAGCCAGUAAUAUAUGCUGAUGUAUGUGCAUACAUUUGAUGAUUGAAAAAGUAUGCUGAAGUAUAAUAGUAGCAAACAAUAUGUACACAUAAUAAUAGUAAUAAUAAUGUUAUUAAGUCAAACGCAUGUAAAUGCUUGGUUAACGCUAUUUUAUUCAAUUAAACCCAAUAAAGUUAUGGAGACGAAAUAAAUUCGCCUUAUA